AGAUUGGCUCAUAAAGCAAUCACCUGACCCCCAGCCAAUGGGGUUCGUUGGCCCCAGGUUUCAUAGAAAUUUGUUUGUCAAUAUGAAAACAGUUGUUGCAAAUGUUUUUAUUAUUAGAUAGAAAAUUUGUAAAAAAUUUCCAAAUAUUUGUACGGAGCUUAUAGGGUUUAUUAUUCAUUUAUAAAUUAUAUUCGUUAUUAACUAAAUUGUUGGGGCAGAGAUUAUAGGGGAGAUUGGUGACGCUUAUGGAGCAGCUACAACCGCAAAAUUUAGUAGUGGUGGCGCAUGAACUUGUUGGUGAACGUGCCUGUCGGUAAGACAACACCUCGGAGAAUGUGAUUGUGGUUAACUGGGCUGGGAAGCUUUUGAUCUGAUCACUCAGCUACUGUCACUGUUAUGAUCUUACCAGUGUUGUCAACAAGUAUCUGACGUUACCAGGGAAAGUAAUAGAGAUUACCAUUCCCUCAAUUGAAAUGUCCAUCAAUACUUAAUUAAGACUCCAGUAUUUAUCAGUGUCAGUGUCAACAAGUGAGAGAAAUGUUGGUUAAUUUCUGUGAACACUCGUUGAAGACAACAGUCAGGUGUGACACGAUCACCACUGAAAGUUAUGAAGUUGAUAAUUUGCUUAAGAGUAACACGAAAGGGUUCUUGGCCUACUCCUGUAUAAGACCUCCGGUAAAUAUUGACUUCACUUUCAAUUGUUGGAUUAAAAUUCACCACAUCGUGAUUUGGCCGAGAAUCGGGGCCCAGAAGUCCUCAGGCUUUCGAAUCUUAGUGAGGAGUCAUCACCAGGAAGAGUUCAGGAUCGUCUCCAGCUGUUUUUUGAAGGGAAAUGAGGCUGGAGCAGUGUUUCAUAGGUCUGGUGUUGACAGCAGUGAAUUUGUUAAACCGAUGGAUUUUUCAAGUGCCUUUAUUGGAGGAGGUCAGUUGACUCUGGAGAAAAUCAAGUGUCUGAGGCUGUCGAUCGUUAAAACUGAGAAGUCAGUGCCUGCGAUCGAAAGGGUGGAACUAUGGGGGCUUGUUUCCGGGUGCAACAGUCAGGAUGUUGUGAGAGAGAUGGUGGGCCUCAUAAUGAGGCCUUUGGCGAGUAGGGGGAAGAGUUCGGUGCAAAAUGUUUCGGAGAAGGUCCCUGGGGAUGAUCGUGAGGAAGCCAAUGCCUUAGACCAACACACACCGAGGGAGCUAAUUACCUCUUUAGACAUUCCCGAAUCGUUCUUGGACCCAAUUACCUGCAGUAUAAUGCAGCAGCCAGUGAUCUUGCCCUCUGGAAAAGUAAUUGACCAAAGUACUUUAGAAAAAUAUGGUGAGAGCCAGGCUCUGUGGGGAAGAGCCCUGAGCGAUCCUUUCACCGGUGUUCCAUUCACUGAAGUUCAGCGCCCUGUUUUUGCAUCGACAUUGAAAGCGAGAAUCGAUAAAUUUCUAUCAGAGAACAGUAAUUUAUUAGAAAUCAAAUCGCUGCCAAGAGUAUUAGGAAGCAAUUGCAAUAGAAAAAUUACGAACAAUUUUAUCGAUUUGAAGAAAAUAGACUCCGGAAAUAGUUCAAUUUCCCAAACACAUGUAUUAAAUAAUUCAAGUAAUACUAUACGAGGUACACUGCCAAUUAGGUCAUUAAAAAGAUCUGUUAACAAAUAUAAAAUUCCAGCUGUUGCUCAGUAUUCGCUAAAUUCGCCACGAAAUAAUUCUCGACAAAAUUUAAUUGAUAGUGAAAAAAAUGUUGUUGAUAUAAACCGCCCAGGAAAUUGCUCGAGAGUAGACGACAACUUAGAGAACGAUUUAAAAUUUGUGAUGUCGAAUUUGAGACGUUUCAAUGAAGUUGAAAAAUCUUUGGAGCCUGCAGAAGUUACAGUGAACAUCUGCUCCUGCUGUGAUUCGUACAAUUACUACUACAAAUUUCCUUGCAAUCAUUUGAUCUGCCGUAAACAAUUAAUUUCAACUAAUACAAAGGACUUGAUAUGCAAAGACUGUGGGGUUCACUACAGUUCUAGUCAGAUUGAAAAAAUAAACACGUAAAACUCCACAAUAUAGGAAAAUCGAAUGUAUUUUUUACUUAUAUAUUUAGACAAUAAAAAUUAGUUAAUAACAAAACACUCUUUAUACAACACACAUCCCUCUACCUAAAAUAAAAAUAUAUUACUUCAUCUAAUUACAAAA